AUGAUCCCAGAAACUUUACUCCAUGGUAGUUUCAUAUCAUCAACAGCUUCACAAACAGAAACGAAUAAAUCUGUUCCUCUGGUUUGCCCUUUAAGGCUUUUGAGGUCAAGCAGCUCCUCUGUCACGUUCAUGUUGUCAUCAACUCCUCUUAAAAAAAUAAAGUUUCUUGCGAUUGGCCUUUGUUCCGUAAAGCGGAAACAUGAGCCAUACUUGAUAGACACCCUGAGGUCCAUAUUUGAGCAAUCAAGCUCAACGGAACUUCAGCAGAUGGUAGUAGUGGUGCACUUGUGCGACUUUAACAUGGCGUGGUGCGAGAUGACGGCACGUCUAAUUACGAAAAUGUUCCCCAGCCAUGUGCUAGCCAAGCGACUUCUAUUGAUCCACGCACCAGAGGAGAUCUACCCCUCUCUUGAGGGCCUCAAGGCCAACUACAAUGACCCUCCGGAUCGAGUGCGCUUCCGCUCCAAGCAGAACGCCGACUACUCCUUCUUACUUAGCUUCUGUGCCAACCUUGCUGACUACUACCUCAUGCUGGAAGAUGAUCUGAAAUGUGCAAAGAAUUUUUUUACCACAAUCCAAAAGGCCAUUGCUUCACGACAAAAUACAUACUGGGUCAUUUUGGAAUUCUCCCGACUGGGCUACAUUGGCAAGCUCUACCAUAGUCAUGACCUCCCCACCCUUGCUCAAUUCCUUCUCUUGUUCUACCAGGAGAUGCCAUGCGAUUGGCUUCUGACACACUUCCGUGUUAUUCUAACACAAAACAAUCCCAUAAAUUUCAAGCCGGCGUUAUUUCAGCACAUGGGCCUCUACUCAUCCUUCAAAGGAUCGAAUGAAUUGAAGGACGGCGAUUUCCAGGAGAGUACCGCAAAUGUGGCCGAUAACCCUGCCGCCACCUUUCACACAAACAUCAAGGUAUUCGAAGACUACCGGCCGGAGAAAGCCUACAGCACUGAAAGUGGCUACUUCUGGGGAAAGACGCCCGUUGCAGGAGAUUACUUCACGUUGAAAUUCGUGGAGCCUCAGAAAGUGGAUGCAAUUGAGGUUCUAACGAGCUCCGUUGAUAGAAAAAAUGACGGUCUUAAAGCCGGCUAUUUGGAAGUUGGCAGUCAUGCCAAAGAACAAUCAUGCUCAUCGUUUAAGAUGUUGGGACAUUUUGUACAUGGAGAAUUCAGAGCACAAACUUUAAGUGAGACUAUACCAUUUAAAAUUGACUGUAUUCGUAUAAAUGUGAUUAGGAACCAAACCGAAUGGCUUAUUAUUCGGAGUAUCAGCAUUUUCCUUGUUCCAAAGUAA